AUGACCACCUGGGAGCCUUCGAACGGCAUCGUGUUCGCCUCCAAGACGCGUCCUACAGCUCGAGACCGUACCUGGUCCCCUUCUAACGACAUCCCUUUUGCCGGCACACCUCUGAACAAGGCCCACUAUGCCACGAAACGCCCACCCGUCAAGCCAAGCGCUGCAACAGUCAGACCUGCCAAGACCGCUCCGGCUCGCAUGCCGUACAAAGCUGUAAACACCGCAGCAAAGCUAGCGCGACCCCCGGCUCCAAAGCCCUACACGGCUCCCACCAAAGCCGCUCCUGCAUCUCUCGGUCCUAAUGCGAAACCGCGGGCGGGUCCACUCAACUUAGCUUCCAGACCUAUCGACGCAGAGGAGACUCGAAGGCUGAGCGAGGAGGCUAAGCGGCGAACACUGGAAGAGAUGAAAGCAAAAGAACUGGCCGAGGAGCAGAAAAGGAAGGCAGAAGUGGAAAGGCAACGGCUCGCGGAGGUUGCCAGGGCUGCAAGAGUGCUGGAGAUUACGAAUGACUUCCAAAGGAAAACAUCACAGUUUGAAGAAGCUAUAGGGCAUAUUAGAAAAGAAUAUCUCGCUGUGGAAGACGAGAUUCAAGAGGCGACUCUGGAACAUAGGGACGCGCUAGGCUUGUAUUCCGGUAGGAAGUCAGUGCUGAGCCCUAAUUUCGAUGCUUUGAUUCGGCACAAGGUUAAAGGGCUAGCACGAAGAGCCCGGGAAAUCAAAAGAGAGUUGGAUGAGGAGAGGCUUGAGGCGAAAAGGCUUGCAGCUGUGCAAGAGCGUCUUGCAUCACUGCCUCAACCGUCGCCAGAGGUCGUCAAGCUGGCCGCGUGGAUGGACGGCGUGACCGAACUCGUCACCGACGUCAAAGCAAAGGGAGAAGCUGAAGAGCGCGCAGAAGGGCGAAAGUCGUACGACGCCUAUCGAACGGUGUUCGAACCGCUUUCUCCAAAUGUCUACGCAAUAAUAAAAGACAUUGAAACUCUCUGUGAGUUGUUCAAGAGACAGGAAGACAAGUACAAGGAUUUGUCCAAAGGAAUGGAUUCAAAGAUUGUAGAGCUGGUAACGCUGAGAGAAAGCUAUCGGUGGGCCACGGGGAUUGUCAAGCUGAUUGACAACGCCACGCUUGUUUCUGCCGGCAUGAAGCUUGACUUUGAAGAGCUCCACGGAUGGCAGCGCCGGUGCCGGGAAUUGUGGCAACGGGAUAGGCAGGAUUUCCAAGAGUCACUAUACGACAUAAUGGCGACCGCUCAUCAAUCCCGGAGAUUGACACGGCAAAUACGGUACAAUCUGGAUCCUGUUCGUGGCUACCCGGAAUGCUGGCAGACUUAUAAUUUUGAUAUCGCAUGGAUAACCCAAAAUGAAAACGUCAAACUAAGCCAUGAAGAUCUGAGGCUGGUCGUCGAUAAGCUGAGAGAAUGGCAAUCACGCACACUUGAAGAUCGAUCCGAGGCUUACAAGCCACUCUUCGAAUGCUGGGACAAAUGCGAGAUGUUUCACAGAACUGCGCUCAGACCAAGGCUGAUCAACCUAGUCGAGGACAAUGGAAUUGUUAACCACGUACGUCUAUCAUGGAUGGCGAACAAUGCACCUUUGUCCGAAGUGGAACGCUAUCGUGGUGUCUACCUGUUCCUUCCUGUGCAGUACACGGCAGACGCAAUACUCCGUUUUCAACGAGACAUCUUUACGUCCACCCGCCAGGAAGGCUCAUGGCUGCGGAAGUCUACGCUUUGGCGCAAGAUCGAUCAGCGAGAUUGGAAGACAGCAUGGGUCUUUUGGAGCACCGCGCUGCGGAUCUACGUGCUUUCGUCCGUAACCGGCUACCGCGAGUGA